AUGAGGGCCCUGAGCAUUGUUGUGUUGUCCGCCUUAGUUGCCGUGGCUUGCGGUUUCUUCGUGCCAACCACCCAUGGCAAAUACAAGGUGGUCGACAAGGAGACCUUGGUCAAGCAAAAGGCCAUCUUCGAAGUAUUGCACCAUGUGUUCCAAAAGGAUCACUACGACGAACACUACAAUGUAGGACAAAGCUACACAUUCGAAGGCAACUACGACCAUUACACCAACGCCACCGCCGUCAAGGAAUUCGUUCACUUGUACAAACACGGACUUCUCCCCAAGGGAGCCGUCUUCAACGUGUACAACACCGUACACCGCCAAGAAGUCGUCGCCCUCUUCAACGUAUUCUACUAUGCCAAGGACUUCGAGACCUUCUACAAGACCAUGGUCUGGGCUCGUGACCACGUCAACGCCGAACAAUUCGUUUACGCUUUGACCGCAGCCGUGUUCCACCGCCACGAUUUGCAAGGAAUCGAAUUGCCCGCUCCUUACGAAAUCUACCCUCACCACUUCGUCAACUACGAAGUAAUCACCAAAGCCUAUCAACACAAAAUGGAGAAGACCCACACAAACGUCGUGAUCCCCGCCAACUACUCCGGAUGGUACGUCCAAACUAGCGAAGAACAAGAAUUGACUUACUUCACCGAAGAUGUCGGCUUGAACUCCUUCUACUAUUACUUCCACAUGGACUACCCCUUCUGGAUGGGAGGAGAACAUUUCACCUUAAACAAGGACCGUCGCGGAGAAUUGUACUUCUUCACCAUCCAACAAUUGUUGGCCCGUUACUACUUGGAACGCGUAUCUCACCAAUUCGGAGAAAUCCCCGAAUUAUCUCACGACUACGUCUCCGAGACCUCUUACUACCCCACCAUGCACCACUUCAACGGAUUGGACUUCCCAGUACGUCACGAAGGACACAUCUACAACUACUCUGAAUACUACCACGAGUACGUACAACACGCCCACGACUACGAACGCCGCAUCCGUGAUGUUAUCGACUACGGAUUUGUUGUAUUGCCCGACGGCAGCCACUUCGAUUUGACUAAACCCGAGGCCAUCAACGUACUCGGCAACUUGAUCAACAGCAACCCCGACAGUUACAACACCCGCUUCUACAAGAGCUUCAUCGGCGUAUUGAAGGUCAUCCUCGGAAACUCCUUCGACACCGUCGACUACUACCACCAAUACCCCAGCGCUUUGGAAUGCUUCCACACCGCUAUGCGCGACCCUGCUUUCUACCAAAUGUACAAGAAGGUUGUCAAAUACUACUACCAAUUCAAAUCUCACUUGCCCAGCUACACCCACGAAGAACUCGACUUCCAAGGUGUCAAGAUUGAAGGUGUUGAAUUCGACAAAUUGGUUACUUACUUCGACAAAUACGUUUACGACAUCAGCAACGCUUUGGUUUACUCCGAAGAAGAAUUCGCCAACAAGGAAGUGUACCAUCCCGUUAAGGUCAGCCAAGAACGUUUGAACCACAAACCAUUCACCUACAAGAUGAACGUCGUCUCCGACAAAGAAACCGAUGCCGUCGUCCGUGUAUUCAUUGGACCCAAAUACGACGAGCACCACAACGAAUUCAGCUUCGAAGAGAACCGCGAAAACUUCUUCCAAGUCGAUGUAUUCAAAUACCAUUUGAAAUCCGGCAAGAACGUCGUCGAACGCAAAUCCGAAGACUAUACUUUCUUCGUCAAGGACCGCACAUCUCACUACACCCUCUACAAGCAAGUCAUGGGAGCUUUGAGCGGCCAAGGAGAAUUCCACUUCGACAACACCGAAGCUCACUGCGGUUUCCCCGAAAGACUGAUGAUCCCCAGAGGUACCAAGGGCGGUAUCGAAUACCAAUUCUUCUUCGUCGUAUCUCCCUACCACGCUCCUGCCACCACCCAAUACCAAGGAUUCGACCCUGUUGUCUCCUGCGGAGUUGGCUCCGGUGCCCGUUACGUCGACAGCUUGCCCUUGGGAUAUCCCUUCGACCGCGAACUCGACGUCACCGUUUUCCCCACACCUAACAUGUACUACAAGGAUGUCACCAUCUACCACAAGGAAACCUACUAAGGAAACGCCUGAUUAUCUCCUAAG